AGCGACAUUGGAAUAUUUCCCUAGCUUCUGCACCUACCGAACAGUUCGUCGCAACCCGAUUUUGUCGUCAAGAGACGUCCCCAGUCAUCAUGGCUAUCUCUCAGGAAAUGUUCCAGUCCUCCGGACGCACGCCGCUGCGAGUCUACAACAAGCAACCUACAUACAACACAUACAUUUCACCUUACGGACCCAAAACCAAGCACAUUCCUAACCUUAUGGGCCUGAGUCUCGGCAAAGCAGUGCGCUACGGAUACAUCGCCUCUGGAUUUGGGGUUGCAGCUGGUGUAUUUGCGCUGUUCUUUUUCGCCGAGGUCCCCAAGGUCCGAAACGAUAUCCUAUCGAAAGUUCCAGUAGUGGGCGAAUAUUGGGUGCGAGAGAUUCCGCCCGAGGACAAUCCUUUCUAAGGGAGGAAAAAGAGUAUGGAGAUGGGCGAGGUGCAGCUACCUGGAGCUGAGUGAGUGCGACAUUGUAAAUAUCACCACGGCAUGAUAAUGGCACAGAAGUGGACAAGUGCUUGCUUGAGAAGAUACAGGCAAUGGGAAAUGGAGUCCACCAAUACGGCAUGAUACAUCAAAGCUCUUCCUUUUGACGUUGCAUCCCAGACUCUUAUCAUUUGAGAGCCGGCAUAUUUUCCCAGAACGAGAUCAUGAGCCAGGUUCAUAACGCUGGAAGACCGCCAGACGACGACAGGAGCUGGUAGUCGCAAUACAGCCUUCUUUCUUG